AUGCCAAAUUUACUUUAUUAUGAUAUAAUCAAAGAUUCAGAUAAGGAAAGUGGAUCCAUCAAUAAGAUGACAAAAUUAUGUAAAUAUAAAGUAAUUUUUAGAAGAGGAGGAUUGUAUAACAAAGAAGGAUAGAAGGAAGGAUUAAGGAUUGAAAUACAUGAAAAUUAUGAAAGAUUGUUUAUUGUGA